CAUUCAUUCAUCAUCCACACCUCGAGUGUUGCUUCUAUCGGGUUCCACUGUCGGACAAUGCAUCUCGACUAGAUGUUAUCAUCCAAGUCCCCGAGACAGUACUUCCGAACCCAUCUUGAGCUUCCUGCUUGAGGUCACCUCUCACAGCAAUGCUCACACGAGCAGCUCGUCGGAGGCAUGCUCUCCAUCACCUCCAACGAGCAGCAGAUAACAUCCAAUUGAAAUGGCUGUGUCCUGCUCUUGCACAGCCUUACACCACAUUCCCUCCAUCACACCCUCGUACCUCUACGACGCGACCCUUGGCCCCCCGAUCCACGAGUACGCCUUCACAGCGAACUCAGCUUCGUCAUCUCGCCUCCCCAGCAUCGGCCCACGAAUACUUUGACACUCCUGAUGAUUACAUUCCCUUUUCUCUCGGCAAUGGAGAGCAUUCGCUCCUCCACUCUGGCCCCCGGAGUCCGCUGAGUGACCUGACUCCGUUCGACGUAUCCCAAAUCCUCAUGCUUGACAACAGUCCUGAGUUUGAGGACGAGUAUGCUCUUGCAGACGACCCGACCUUGAGAAAACGAGGAAAUCCCGACGAGAUUGAGGCAACUCUCGAUGCCUGCCUGCAUGUUCAACAAUGGACUCGAGCUUAUACCCUCCUGUCCCAGCUGAGUGUUGUACGUCAAGAUGAUUACACCAGAUUACGAAAUGCCCACAACAAGUAUCUGGCGGCCAUAGUCGACGACUUGCUGCAGAACCGCAAUAUGGAACAUCAACCGCGCAUCAACAACUGGAUUGAGGGCCAGAUGAAGAAAGUUGGCCUGGAGCCUGAUGCUCUAAGCUUAGCCUUGAGACUCAAGGUCGCCCUCGAAUCAUUUGAGGAUCCCAAUCGACUCGCCACCAUCAAUCGAUAUUGGAACUUGAUCCAGGGCCACCAGCUCGAAAACGAGGUCCUGAGCAUGAGAAACAUUCUUGACGACAGAGAUUUGGGGAGACUUUUCGAGGUUUGCUCAUUUGACGUUGAGGAUCUUCCACACGAGGUCUCGUCCACAAUCGCCAUAGGCGAUGCCUCAUUAAGCCCAGAAUCUUACCAAGAACCGGCCUUGAAAAUCCGAGAAACAGACCAGAAGGGCAUGGGUCUUGCCUCCCUCAAGAAAUCCCUACGCAUCUUUUCCGAGCGGGUGAAGUCAGAAGAUGCCGCUACUGCCGAGCAGAACAUCGCAACAGAGAGACAGGCAAGAUUGGAAAAAGACGCCAUCGAAGCUGCUAUGGGCCGGUGGAAGGCUGAAUACAAACAAAGGAGAAAAAUUGGUGCUGUAGGAGGUCUGGGUGUUGGCAGGCUCGGUGGACUUCUCUGGGUCUGGCAUGAAUCUCUGGCCAACAAGAUAACCAAAGAAUUGGAGCUAGUCCGACAGGCGACCGAAGCAAAAGGCAUCAAGACUACUCAGCAGAAUCUGCGCGCUGACUACGGCCCUUUCCUAGCAUCCUUACCACCUCAGAAAAUGGCCGCCAUGACCGUCAUCGCAAUGAUGCAACUUUUCAGCAGAGCAGGUGUUGCCAAGCCCAUCAAAUUAGUACGCCUCGUGACAAACCUGGGCCAAUCGAUUGAGAAUGAAUAUGCGGCCUCGUUCAUCCAUGAAAAGAAAGAUCAGCUCAUGAAAGACUUCGAAAACGCCCCCAAAGGAGUGAGUCAGGAAUGGAAAACUGACAUGACAAUUCACAUGCACAAACGCAACGCCCAUCACAGCGCAAGUCCUUUCAAUUUCAAGCACAAUUGGACCAAGGUGCAACAUGCCAAGCUCGGUGCAAUUCUGUGCGAGCUGUUGUUUGACACGGCAAAGAUGGAUGUCACAAGGACCGAUCCUGUGACAAAGACCACAAGGACCAUUUCUCAACCCGUCUUUCACCGAUCCAUUGGUUAUCAAAAUGGCAAGAAAAUUGGAUUGGUUUCGAUCCAGGAAGACUUUCGCAAUGUCCUCUUCACUCAACCCGCCGAGCACCUAAUCGCCAAGCAGUUGCCCAUGGUGUGCCCUCCUCGGCCAUGGACCGGGUUCUACGAGGGAGGCUACGUGCAUUCGAUACAGCCAUUCCUUCGAGUUAAGCACCAUGAGACGGCACAGAAACAUUAUGCAAAAGCAGCAGCGGCACGGGGAGACUUGGAUCAGCUCUUCGCUGGCAUUGACGUGCUCGGUCGAACUGGCUGGCGCAUCAACCGUAAUGUCUUCAAUGUCAUGCUUGAAGCCUGGAACAGUGGCGAAGAAGUUGCCAAUCUUCCACCCCUCAACAAAGUAUUCCCCGAGAUCGAACGUCCCGAAAAGGACGCCAGCCCCAAGGAUCGUUGGUUGUGGUUCAGCAAAAUGCGUGGUAUAGAGAACGAGAAAAGUGGCCUUCAUUCAGAGCGUUGCUUCCAGAACUUUCAGAUGGAAAUUGCCAAGGCAUUUUUGGACGAAACCUUUUAUUUGCCACACAAUGUGGACUUUCGCGGUCGCGCAUACCCAAUUCCACCGUACCUGAAUCAGAUGGGCGCCGAUAAUUGCCGGGGAUUGCUUCUUUUCGACCGUGGUCGACAACUAGGCCCAGAUGGUCUCCGCUGGUUGAAGAUCCAUCUUGCCAAUGUCUAUGGGUACGAUAAGGCGAAUCUAGACGAACGAGCUGCCUUUUUAACGGAGCACUUGGAUGACGUGUACGACUCUGUUCGCAAUCCACUCGAUGGCAAGCGGUGGUGGCUGACAGCGGAAGACCCCUGGCAAUGCUUGGCAACAUGCUUUGAGCUUGUCGGCGCUCUCGAAUCUCCUGACCCUGCUGCGUUUGUUUCAAGGCUGCCGGUGCAUCAGGAUGGCUCUUGCAAUGGUUUGCAACAUUAUGCUGCACUUGGCGGAGAUAUUGCGGGCGCUAAGCAAGUCAACCUCGAACCGGGCGAUCGGCCGUCCGACGUCUACACGGGUGUUUGCGAACUGGUCAAGGCCAGCAUCAAGGAAGAUAUCGAGAAGGGUGACCCCGUUGCCAAACUGCUCGACGGAAGGGUAACCAGGAAAGUUGUCAAGCAGACAGUCAUGACCAACGUUUACGGCGUCACAUUCCUGGGGGCUAUGCGACAGGUGCGAAAACAGGUUGAGGCUUUAAUGCCUGACCUCGAAGCCGCCCAAGUGUCUGGCAGAGCGGCCAACUAUAUCGCUAAAAAGAUCUUUCAUGGUCUUGGGACGCUGUUCUCCGGCGCUCAUCACAUUCAGUACUGGCUCGGCGAUUGUGCCAAUCGUAUCAGUUCAUCAAUCUCGCCCGCACAAUUAGAAAAGAUUUACGCCCAAGCCUACGGGCCUGGCAAGACGACAGUGGAGAAGAGUACAAAUCGAAGCAAAAAGGGCUCCAAAGUCAUACUAGAGUCUGGGGUCUUCCGAUCUAGCGUCAUUUGGACCACUCCCCUGAAGCUCCCCGUCGUCCAGCCUUACAGAAUGGUCAAAGGACAAUCCAUUCAGACCGCCCUCCAAAACAUCACGCUCAAUCAGCCUAGCGUGGCGGACGCGGUGAACAAGCGCAAGCAACUGCAAGCAUUUCCCCCCAAUUUUGUUCAUUCCUUGGACGCUACACAUAUGGUUCUUUCAGCAUUGAAAGCCGAGGAAUUGGGCAUUAGCUUCUCUGCUGUUCAUGACAGUUUUUGGACGCACGCUGCCGAUGUCAACACGCUCAAUACGCUCCUCCGCGAAGCAUUCAUUCGAAUGCACAGUGAAGAUAUCAUUGGGCGGCUUUCGGCGGAGUUUCAAAUGCGGUAUCAAGGCCAUUACUAUCUUGCGUUCGUCAAGAAAUCUCAUCCGUUGUCCAAGGCAAUUGGCGGCUAUCGUCGAGAAAUGACCAGUAAAGGCGAACUACCAACUGGGGGAGGUUCGAAAAAGCUCGCCGAAAAACGACAUGCGGAGUUGGUACGAGAAGUGCGAAAGCAAAAGCUUAUGGCAAGCGAAGAUCCAAAAGAAAGGGCAGAAGGUGAAGCCAUGGUGACUGCAGCAACCCUUUUCGAACAGUACGAUGGAGAAGACAGUUUAUUCCAUCGUGAUUCCCUCGGAGCAUCUGCAGUGGGGGCAAUUCCGGAGGCAGCCGAGGAGGCAGGAAUUGAGGAAGCGAUGCAAUCGGAUUUAGACAUGAGCGCAGUCGUCGAAGAAGACGACGACGACCUAGCCAAUCCACUUUCCUCUUUUAAGAGUUCUGGCGCCAGCUAUGACGGGGCUCAUGAUCUCGACAACCCAGAUCUGGCUUUGUCAUUCAAUGGCCCAGACGCCAGACUGGGUCGAGUUCAUGCCAAAGCUGCAGUCCACGUUGGCGACAAGCCACCAACGUCAAACUCGAAGAACAUGACGACACACACGUGGCUUUGGUUGCCGUUGACAUUCAGACCUGUCCCCAAAAAGGGAGACUUUGAUGUCAACCGACUGCGAGAGAGCACAUAUUUCUUUUCAUGAUGUAUUAUGGAGAACAGGUUUUGACCAAAAAGAGAUGGGUUAAUCAAUUAGCAUUUGCGUUGGCGCAGCAUGUGAGCGAAUUGUGAUCGAGUAUUUACCUCGAUUGGUCCCGGUGAGGAAGGAUCAGCAUCUCUUCCGAGAUUUGUACCAAUACAUAGGGCGGGAUGAGAGUCCAACGGAGAAAGGAGGAGACGGACGAAGCGACGACAGGUGAUGGAGAGUGAUGUGUACCAUGUUGAUCGAGGACCAAACCAGGCUCUAUCGCGACUUUGCUAGGACCUGAGUCUGGUGCUUCAGGUCGUUUGUAUAGAUAUAGAUAUCUAUGUAUAUAUACACCAGAUACACUCAAAGACAAAU